UUCGUGGGAUUCUCUUACUCCUUUGCUACAGUGCUCCUUUUCACCACUGUCAGCCCUUUCUUUGCUUUGUUAGAACUAACGUGUCUUUUCCAUCUCUUUUUGUUCUUUAAUGGGUUUAUUUUUUUUGAAGUAUGUUCUUUAAUGGGUUUAGCAUUUUCUAUAGUGGGUUGGAAUGGGGUUGGAUUAGAUUGUUGGGUGUGUUUGUCAGAUGAUUAAAACUAGAGAUCGUUUCAGCAUUUCCUUGGAUCUUUUGUAGAAAUUUUUCUGGGUAAUUUUUAGUGUCGGUGCUAAGCAAAAUGAAUGAACUAGCGGUGAAAACACAGUCGUCUCUAGCUAUAACGGAGAAGAAGCCUUAUAGGCCUGGUGGUUGUGUAGGCAUUUUCUUUCAACUCUUUGAUUGGAACAAAAGAUUUGCGAAGAAGAAGUUUUUCUCAAGAAAAUUACUCUCUCCUCCCCGUACCAAAGCUUCAAAAAGCUUUGAAGGAGAUGAAAAAAUGCCCAAAUCCAAACUGCAUUUGAUUGCUGAUGAGAACUGUGGGGGUUUUCCGAAUGUGAAGAAAAAUGGUAAACUUUUUAGUGUAGGAGAAACGGAUCAAAAGCAUGAAAUGAAAGCUCCUGGUUUGGUUGCUAGGCUAAUGGGAUUAGAAGCCAUGCCGGCUUUGAAUGGAGAAAAGCCUCAUAGAAAAGCGCUGGCGUUAGGUAGUAAUUCCGAUCUUAAAGAUGAGAAAAUGGUGAAUUUUCAAGGUGGGAAUAGCGGGAAAGAUUUGGAUUUACCUAAAAGUAGCUCGAAAAUUGAGCCUCGGUCUCCAAAGAUUCAGAAAAUAGAGCCAUAUGAUAGACGGAUUGUCACUAAGUUUGGAGCUGAGGCAUUACAAAUUAAGAAUGUUUUGUCUCGAUCGAAGAAGCAUCAUCAUCAUCAUCAUCAAAAGUUUGUUCCUUCGGUAAAGAGUCCGAGGAUUUCUUCUGCAAGGAAUGCUUCUAGGACAUCGAGGUUGAUCGAUGCAGCUGCUAAAAUAUUGGAACCAGGGUUGCAAGCGACGAAUAGAGCGAAAUAUUCUCUUGUUUAUUCGAGUAAGAAUGUGGCUGCGACUGAGGGAGUUCAGGUUGUGUCACCAGACGUGUUGGAACAAUCUGCUUGUAAUAUUAGUAUUGGUAAGUCUUUGCCUGGCCUAACAUCAUGCAAGAACUGUGGCAAUUUGCUUGACGUUGUGGAGUCUAGAGCAAAGUCAGAGGAUCAACCAUUUGUUAUUCCUUCCUCUGCUCCAAAUUUUGCUGAUGCUUCUUUGCAGGGAUUAGAAAAGAGUUGGCUGAGGCCUUCGCUGUCCUUUUUUGAUCAAGGGAAAGAGGCAAUUCUUCAGAGAAGCCAUGACCAACCAUUAUCUUUUACUAGCCAAGAAGAGAACAGUGUACAAUCAAGUAAUGAUUCUGAUACAUUUAGAAGUCCUAUAUCUCAAGAAGCUCAAGCUCAGUGGAAUUUAACAAGCCAACCUGGCAAAUCCCAGAGAAAUGAGAAGUCUCAUGUUGCUAACAAGCUGAGGAAUCAAAGUCAUAAUCAUAUAUCACUAGACAGGGAUAGAAUCCCAGUGAAGGCUAAAUUAAAUAGUCUUCCUAGUAGGAAAGGUGUUUCAAGCGCAAAUGCUGUUAGCAGGGCCAAAGAUUUUGUUGCGCUGAACCGAAGUUCAAGUAGUCGAACCCAACAUAGAGUGCCAAUCAAAGUGGAUAGUGCUCCUAUUGAAAUCGAGAGAAAUUCCUGCAGGGUUCGAGAUGACUCCUUGUCUCAGCUAUGGUCUCCGGUAAGAAAGAGGAGGACCAAUAGUGUUAAUGGGCAAGCAGAAACUACAGGUUUCAUCAAUUCCUCUAUUGGAAAAGAAAAAAAUGAUAAAUAUAAUCCGGUGACUAGGCGAGAAUUGGUACAUGGAGCUUGCAGCAUGGACCAAACAUAUGUUAAAAGCAGAUCAACAAGCCAAAGAACUGGUAAGGGAGCCAUGGAUAAAAAGGACACCGGUAUUAUUUCUUUCACAUUCAGUUCUCCAUUAAAGCAAAAGCAUGGCGUUUCCAUGGAAUUGAAGGGGCAAAGAAAAGACCCAAAUGAAAGCACUGUCCUCCAAAGACGUGAAAUAUUGGAGAACAAUUACGAAGAAACAUCUUUGCCGAAGAACUUGCCGCUGACAGGAGAUGCUUUAAGUGCACUUUUGGAACAAAAGUUGAAGGAAUUGACUUCUCAAGAGGAGGAUGAACGGAAAACUGGUUGCACCCUACCAAAGAGAUCAACCGCCAUGAUUCUCCAGGAGUUAAUUUCUGCUUUAACAUCAGGGCAGCCUAACUCUCGGAGUGGUCACCUUUUCAGUUCAGAUAUCGGUUUCCAGACUGAAGCAAAGGCUGAAGGGACUUCAGCUGGAUUUUCUAACCAUGGUAAUCAUUUUAGCCCCGGUUCCGUUCUUGAAGCUUCUUUUUCGAACAAUAGUUAUGUUUCCAGCAGCAUCGAUGAAAGCUUAGGACAUAGGUUACAACCAGAUUCAUUGGAUUUCUCAUAUGAUGAACCACAACAAACGGAACCUGAUGCAGAUCUUCUGGAUUCUGCAACUUCAUUGGACAAUGAAACAACUGUUAAUGAGAUGAUCAUUGAUCUUGUCAACCGAAUUUCUGCUAUGUUGCAUGUUGUCAGUAAUUUUGGUCUUGGAUUAUCUGGUGACAAGCUUAUCCAUGCUAAAGAGGUUAUCUUGAAAGCGGAACUGUUGUUUGGAAAUUUGAAUCCCCAGGAUUCGGGUAGGACAGAUGAUUUUAUCCUGGCUCCUUAUAUAUAUGAUGAAGUCGAGACUCUUGUCGCUAUCAUGCAGGUAGAUUUCAAGUCUGUUCUUGGUAUCGAUCAAUUCAAAGAAAACAAUCAACUUCGGGGAUUUCUGUUUGACUGUGCAAUAGAGUGUAUAGAUUCCAAAUAUGGUCCAUACUGUAACUCGGGAUUCAGACCUUGGAGAAGUUUGCCGUAUUGCGUGAACUCAGGAAAGCUGAUUCGAGAUGUUGCAGUCGAAGUUAAAAGGUGGAUAAAACUAGUUGGGAUGGUACCUGAUGAAUUAUUAGAUUAUGAGAUGAGUUAUUCACUGGGGAAAUGGACAGAUUUCAAUAUAGAGGCAUACGAAACUGGUGUUGAAAUGGAUUGGGACAUUCUUCAAAACAUAAUCGAUGAAAUUGUCCAUGACCUGGUCUCCCCACGAUUUGCAUACAGUCCCUGUGAUCUGUGAGUAUCUUGUAUAUCAUGUUGACAUGCAAUCAGUAAAUUAUAUUUUUGAAUUCUGAUCAAGACCAAGCUGGUGAAUUUCUGUAAAAGAUGGAUCUAUGUUGAUUUGCUUGAAAUAUUCGUGUUCGACACAAUAUUCGGACAUGGGUGCAAGGAUAUAACUGUUUAAGAGGACACUCCUGUAUCGGAUGCUUGCUUAAACCGAGUCCAAGUAGCAUAAGAUGGGAUGGAGGAUGGUAUUUUUGCUUUGGGACAUUAGAGUUUAUGUAUAUGAGCAUUUGUACCUGUAUAAUCUUUCAUCUUCUGUGUAGCUUUUAACUCCUGUAAUAGCUGAACAAACUUGAAGAACUACUCAUUAGUUGUUCCCUAAAUUGGAAGGCAAAUUACUCAUUCAUUUAGUGGUCU